AUGAAGCUAUUUAUUAAAAUAAGCAGAAGAGGACUGGCUCGCGGAGAUAAUGUUUAUUAUUUGAAAGAAUUACCAAAUUAAUGUUGGCCAGUUUGUGGAGCUGAUAGAAUAAUCAUUAUUUUUAAGAGGUAGUUUAAGGCUCAUAAAUUAUAUGCCCAUAAUGAAACCACUACUUACUUAGGAUAUCAUUUAUUCAGUUCAGGAAUGAACAAGAUGAGAAAUCAAAGAUUAAGCAAUUUCAUGAAGAGUAUUAAAGGCCAUACUGAAUAAACCAGUAGUUGGGACAAAUGA